CGACAACGUGAGAGAGAGAGAAGAAAAAGAAAAUAUUAAAAGAAAAGAAAGAAAAGGAAAAGGAAAACAGUCGGCGCAAUCCGCCGACCAAUCAUCACGGUCGUUUUCUCUUCUUCGCCAACCAAUAAUAAUCACUUAUUCUUUCUCUCAUAAGAUCUCUUCUUCUUCUUCUCAUCGUCGAAAUUUGUUCCGUCCUUUUUUUCUUUUUCUUUGAUUUGUUUUUUUUCAUUUUUAAGGUUGGGACGAGUUUUUGUGUGUUCUUCCGUUGGUUUUUUUUAUCUGAUCGGAAGAUACCAAAAGGAAUUUAGCUUCCUAGAAUUUCCAUUAGAGUUUAUACUUUGAAAUCCAACGAUGAGUGCUUCGGCGGAACAAUCAGUUAAUUUUGGUGAAAGAAUCGAAAACGGUGACAAGGAUAAGAAGAAGAAGCGCAGAGCUAGUCGUCGAUCUAAGAACAGCUCAGGUUGUGCAAUCGAAGACAUUAAUGCAGAGGCAUCGGAUGGUAAACCCAGUGGGAGUAGAGCAAAAGAUUGUGGCUUUUCCUCACGUUGUACUUCAUCGAAGCAGCAGAGACCAGGCUUGGAUAAUGAUCCCAGUGAGUUAACGAGAGCGUCCAAUGUUGCCUUCGUUUCAAUGCCGCCUCUGCGUUUCGAGAGUCCUGGAAGUCCGCUGGUCCAUUCUGCUGAAGUUAUUAAACAAUUGUUGUCCAAGUCUUGCCCUGAACCUAGGGAUUGUGAGCAGUCUCCUAGAAUGGAGCGUGACUUGUUCCAGCAAAUUGAUGGUUCCUCACAGCGAAAGAUCUUCUCUUCACACUGGUCUCUCGAUGCUGUGAACCAGGCUUUGGAGAAGGGUGAAGCUUUUAAGGCACUGUUUCGGGUGAAUGCUCAUAACCGCAGUGAGGCUUACUGUAAGAUCGAUGGAGUCCCUACCGAUAUUCUAAUCAGUGGAAAUGUUGGCCAAAAUAGAGCAGUGGAAGGAGAUGUUGUUGCUAUUAAACUUGAUCCGCUUUCACUGUGGCCCAAGAUGAAAGGAUUUGUUAUGGAAAGUGUUGCCAAGCCUGAAGAAACGAACAGUCCCCCUGAAAAAGAUAAGAUAGUUAGCCGUUUAGGAAGAGACGAGAUAAAUGCUCGACAGAAGAAUGCUGUGGUGGUAGGUUUUGAAGAUGGGUUCUCAACAUACAAAUCUUCAGGCAGGGGACAAGGAGCUAAGAACUGUGUCAGCCGGAGUUCUAUGGAUUCAUGUUUGGGUUCUUGUAGUGAGCAGAAAGGAAAUGGCAGUGCGGUUGAGAAGCUAUGCGCCAUCCUUAGUUCCAUCCCCAACAAACGACCCACUGGACAUGUAGUCGCUGUUGUUGAAAAAUCACUUGUGAGAGAUUCUAUUGUUGGCUUGCUGGAUGUGAAGGGAUGGAUUCAUCACAAGGAAGGUAAUGCAAAAACGACCAAGUCUGCUUUGUCUCUGUGUGAUGAUGAAUACGUCCAGCUGAUGCCUGCAGACCCUAGGUUUCCUAAAUUGGUUGUUCCCUUCCAUGUCUUACCUGGAAGCAUUAGAGCAAGACUUGAGAAUAUGGAUCCAACUCUCGAGGCAGAGCUGGUUGCUGCCCAAAUCGUGGACUGGGGCGAAGGGAGUCCAUUUCCCCUAGCUCAUAUUACACAUAUGUUUGGCCGUGGCAGUGAACUGGAGCCCCAGAUCAAUGCGAUAUUGUAUCAGAACUCGGUUUGCGAUUCUGACUUUUCUCCUGGCUCGCUUGCUAGCCUUCCAAGUGUUCCGUGGGAAGUACCAGAAGGAGAGGUUCAACGUAGAAAAGAUCUGAGGAACUUGUGUGUAUUCACCAUCGACCCCUCGACGGCGACAGACCUCGAUGAUGCUCUAUCAGUGCAAAGUUUACCCGGCGGUUUUUUUAGAGUCGGUGUUCACAUUGCUGAUGUCUCCUACUUUGUUUUACCAGACACUGCUCUUGACAACGAAGCUCAGUUUAGGUCGACAAGUGUUUACAUGCCGCAGAGAAAAGUACCGAUGUUACCUCCAAUAUUGUCGGAGAACGUAGGUUCACUGAAUCCAGGAGCUGAUAGGCUUGCUUUUUCUAUCUUCUGGGAUCUAAAUAGAGAAGGGGGUGUGACAGAUCGCUGGAUUGGUCGUACUGUUAUACGGUCGUGCUGCAAGCUUUCAUAUGACCAUGCUCAAGACAUUAUAGAUGGGAAGAAUGAUGUCGCAGCGAAUGGCUGGCCUGCGUUGCACGGACCUUUCGAGUGGACUGACAUAAUUCGAUCUGUCAAGCAGCUUUGUGAGAUUUCCACCACGUUAAGGCAGAAAAGGUUUAGAAAUGGGGCUUUGCAGCUGGAGAAUUCGAAGCCUAUUUUUCUCUUUGACGAACGUGGAGUUCCGUAUGAUUUUGUGUUGUGCUGUAGAAAGGCUUCAAAUCUUCUUGUUGAGGAGUUUAUGCUUUUGGCAAAUAUGACAGCGGCUGAGCUUGCAUCUUACUUCUGCACUGGGAAUUUGAAGGACAAUGUUGCUGAGUGGGGACACUAUGCGCUAGCUGCUCCUCUGUAUACUCACUUUACAUCUCCUCUUCGACGGUACCCGGACAUAGUUGUUCACCGUGCGGUAGCGGCUGCUCUUGAAGCUGAGGAGCUGUUCUUAAAGCAGAAGCAAAAAUCCAUUGGUGAAGUGAGAAGCUGCUUUACUGGCAUUCAUUUUGAUAAAAAUGCUGCAGAAUCUCUGGAGGGCAAGGAAGCACUAUCGGUCGCUGGUUUGAAACAUGGUGUUCCCUCCACCGAAAUACUCUCUGAAAUCGCUGCUUAUUGCAAUGAGAGGAAGAUGGCGGCUAGAAAAGUCAAAGAUGCAUGUGAUAAGCUCUACACUUGGUGUGUUUUUCCAUGCGAAGCAAGAGUAAUGAACUUAGGAUCAAGAUUUAUGACUGUUUACAUUAGCAAGCUCGGGAUUGAAAGGAGAAUAUACUAUGACCAAACUGAAGGCUUGUGUGCAGACUGGCUAGAGGCAACAUCAACCUUAAUCCUUGAUAAACUCUAUUUCAAAAGAGGUGGAAGAGGCUACUUCAAGCCCUUGAAAGAGGUUGCUUAUCUGGUGAGUCCUUGUGACCUGUGUGUCGCUAAAUGCAACGCAAUGUCUGUCAACGACACGGAGCCAAAAGGCGAGGUUGCUCCUGCGGUUUUUCCUUUGACGGUCCAGCUUUUCUCGACCAUUCCUGUGGUUCUUCACGCUGUUGGUGGAGAUGACGGUCCGCUCGAUAUAGGAGCGAGACUCUACAUGGCUUCAUAUCAUAAUAGAUGAUGAUUGGAGCAAAAGAGAUAUCUUGAAGAUGCAGAUAUUUAGUAGCAACUGUUGUAUAUUUUUCACACUACAGUUGCUGGAAAUAGAAAAAUCAUGUCUGACGAGAAUAGACAGACCAAUGUGGGAGACUUGCCGUUGUUUUUUUUUGGUUCGGUUGGGAUCCUCGUUGGUUCGAACUUGUGUUAAAAAAAAAAGAAAUGUGUUUCUACUUCCCUUUAGUUUUCAUAGAUUUCGCUUUGCCCAAUAUGUUUUAGUUUUGGGUUUGGCCGAAAUCAUCAGAAAGCUUUUCACUUGUAUUGUUCCAUUGAGAAAAACAAGUCUCUGGCUAAUGACAGUACAAUAUAAAUGUUUAAAAUUUACUGUGUGUACUGCAAAGGUGAAAACAGAGCACACAGGCACUUGAAUGUGUUUC